AUGGAGUGCGGGAUCCCUGCGAUCUUCCAGCUCCUGUUCCGCGCCUGCGAAGAAGGAAACUUCGAGAACGUCAGGCGGUUGCUGGAGCCGGCAGCGCGAGACGGCGAGGAGGAGGGGGAGCGAGAGGAGGAGGAGGCGACGGUGGCCGGGGAGCCGGAUUUCAGGGCUCCUCAGGUGCCUGUCGACUGCACGGACGACGAUGGCAACUCGGCACUGCAGUUCGCGGCCGGCAACGGCCACGAGCACCUGGUGCGGUUCCUGCUGAUGAAGGGCGCCUCGGUGGACAGCCGCAACCGCUACGGCUGGACGCCGCUCAUGCAGGCGGCCCGCUUCGGCCAGCUGAGCGUGGCUCGCGUGCUGCUGGAGAACGGUGCCGACGCCAACGCGGUCAACAAACUGGGCGCCAGCGUGCUGACGGCGGCGGCGCGAGGCGGCCACGCCGGCCUGGCGCGCGCCCUGCUGGAGAGCGGCGCCUGCGCGGAUGCUGGCGGUGAGGUCAGCCGGCAGGGACUGGAGGGGGAGGGGCGGGCGCCGGCGUUGACGGCGCUGAUGGUGGCGGCGCAGCACGGCGCCGAGGCGGUGGUCAGGGCGCUGCUCGAGUGGGGGGCUGCCGGAUCUGGAGCCGCGCCAUCCGGCCCCGCCGGCGGCUGGAGCGCACUGAUGCUGGCGGCCCUCAACGGCGAGCUGGCCGUGGCCCAGCAGCUGAUGGAGAGGGGGGCGGACCCCAAUCAGGCCAACGUGGGAGGGAUGACUGCCUUCGAGAUCGCCUGCGCCUGCAAGCAGAAGGACAUAAGAGACUACCUGGAUUCAAAGACCACCAAUAGACCAAAAUCAGAUGAAGAGAAAAGGAGACCAGACAUAUUUCAUGCAUUAAAACUGGGAAGCUAUCAAUUGGUGAAGGAGAUUCUUGAUGAAGAUGCAGUUCAGGCCAAUGUCAUUAAUGCAGAUGGUGCCUCUCCAUUAAUGAUUGCUGCCAUGACAGGUCAGCUAGACCUUGUACAGCUUCUUAGUGAGAGGAAUUCUGAUAUUGACAAGCAAGAUGGUGUACAUGGGUGGACAGCCUUAAUGCAAGCUACUUACCAUGGGAGUAAAGAUGUUGUGAAGUACUUGUUGAACCAAGGAGCUGAUGUCAACCUCCGUGCCAAAAAUGGAGUAACUGCAUUUGAUCUCGUAAUGCUGCUAAAUGAUCCAGAUACAGAACUUGUGCGGCUUCUGGCGUCCGUUUGCAUGCAAGUAGAUAAAGAGAAGAGCAAACCAAAAUCCAAGACGAUGCCUCGCUCAAAAAGUAAAAUGUCUUUAAACAUUCCUGUGCCUCCAGAAGACAAAGGGGGAUUAAAGUCUUGGUGGAACAGAAUGUCCAACAGAUUCCGUAAGCUAAAAUUGACUAGGACACUCAGACAUGGCUUUUCCACAAACCGGCUUGCCCCCUUUCUCAAUGAACCGGAGGUAGGACUAGAUAUAACGAUGAAAGCUAACCUGAAGGAUGACUGCAAUCAUUCAGCAGUAAUCAUGUCUACAGCCAGUACUGAUUCGUCUUUGGCUUGGGCAUCAAAAAGAAAGGACAGUAGGCUUGACAAUACUGCUGCAGGAAAAGAUGACAUUCUUCUCACAACAAUGUUGCGAAAUGGUGCACCCUUCACUCGUCUUCCCAGUGACAAGUUAAAAGCAGUUAUUCCUCCAUUUUUGCCUCCAUCAAACUUUGAGCUAUGGAGCUCUGACAGGACACGAAUGAACAAAGAGGGAAAAUUGGAGCAUACCGGGCUUUCUAUGCCUCGCCGGCAUGCAAGACCCAACUUAAACAGCAGUGGAAAUUCUGACAUUACCUCUGUCAGCAGAAUGGGGAGAUCUGUUAAACUUCCUCCUAUUACAAAUCUUACCAGAAGCCCAGCUUCUCCUCCAAAUUCAGGGCAUUUCAAUUAUUCUCCUCAUUCCUCAGGUGGAUCUAAUGGUGUGGUUGGCAUAAGUAGACAUUGCAUCAGUGAAUCACAUAAUCGUUCAGGAGGAAGUUCAGAUAGUGUUUUGUCACAAAUUGCAGCCCAAAGGCGGAAAGCAGCGGGUUUACCUGAAUUAAAAACAAACCGGUCUGAGAUUCUGCCUCAUCCAACUUCUGUUGAAGCUAGCCUUCCUGAACUGGCAGCCUCGCCAACAGUGGGUAACUGCAUUGCACAGAAAUGUGGGAAGCAGCGUCCAUCAUCUGGUACAUCGUCAAAUUCAAAAAGCACCUCUCCUACUCUGACUCCUUCACCAUCCCCCACCCCUAAAAGUCCCCAAGGAGAAUCAUCGCUGUCCUUAUCUUCACAUCAGCAGUCUAAGAGCAGUGGUGGGUCCAGCAGUGGAACGCUCACAGAUGAAGAUGAAUUAUCCAGUAUUCUAAAAAGGUUGUCACUGGAAAAAUAUCAACCUAUAUUUGAGGAACAAGAGGUAGAUAUGGAAGCAUUCCUUACAUUAACUGAUGGUGAUUUGAAGGAGUUGGGUGUAAAGACAGAUGGCUCAAGGCAACAGAUCUUGGCUGCAAUCUCGGAGUUAAAUGCAGGAAAGGGACGUGAGAGACAGAUUCUACAGGAAACUAUUCAUAACUUUCAUUCUUCUUUUGGAAGCAGUGCAAGCAAUACUCGUCAACAGAAUUUUCUACAAUCCCCUGCUGCCUGGGUUAGUAGACCAGCUGUAACAUCAGACAAGAGAUGAUCUUGAAUUGGAAGGAUGGUUAAGAGAAGGGUGAUUUUUCGCAUAAGCUGACUUUAAAACCUAUAUUUUGGUACACAUUUGCUACCAUAAUGACUAAGGUUUCUGAUGAGAUGUGAGCUUGAAAUGGCUACAGGCUCACUUGUGUGAAGGACUUGUGAAAAUUUCCCAGAAGCUGACCAUCUGACAAAAGCUGCAGUAUCAUGGCAAACUGCUUAGGAGGAUAGAGAUCAAAUUUAUCAUUUAAUGAAGUUCUGCCUUAUUUUAAUGUUUGAUUUAUAUUUAAUGUAAAGCACACUUAUUGUGCUGGCUAUUAAAGUAUGUAAGGUGCCUUUCAGAUAUGCAACCAAUAAUUUUGCACAAGGGAGUAUGAAGUGUGAUUACUGUAACAGUAAAUGCAGUAUAUCAAAGCCUGUAUUUAACUUAUUUUCUUUAGUACUCAACUCAGCAACUGAAGAUAAUUUAAUACCCUGAUUGAAGACCAGGGUUGCUACUGAGCCUACUUGCUUUUAUAGCUUCAGCUAGUGGCAGUAUUCUACGCAUAAGAUUAAUUUGCGGUACAGUAAUGCAAAACUUGCCACUAUUUAGCCAGUGAGUUAGUUAUGGUAUUAUAUUAAUUUAUAGCCAAGUUGGAGGAAAUCAAUUUCUAAUCAUGAUUGAAGAUAGUUGCACUAAUUUAGACUUAAGUUUUUAGUUGACCGUGAAUUUGCUGCAUUUCAGUUAAAGGGAUUACGUUACUGGGAUUACAAAAUUGCUGCCUUUAGCAAAUUCCUCAGAGCCGUACAGACCAGAAAGUCCCAGGCUGAGAAUUAAGCCUAUGUUAACUGAUAUCAUGAAUAGCAGUAGAGCUGGUCCAUUUCAACUUGAGAAAUGCAGCCACUGUUCUUACAGCUGAAAGUUAUCCAUUUUUGACUCAUGCUAACUGUUUAGUCUCCUAGAAGAAAACUAGUCCUUUGCAGCUGUCAGAAACAAAGUGAAGCAAAAAUAACAGGACUGGUUAAUAGCACCCCAGACUAAUGAAAUGUUACCACUUGAUUACAACAACCAGCUGCAUUAAGAAAGUUCAAAGAAAUGGAGUAACAAAGUAUGUAUAAAGUGUCACUCUUGUAAUUUUUGCUUUGUAAAACCAAUAUUUGUAUGUUAAAGAUAAAUAUUCUAUUUAAUGGCUUUUGAGUCCAAUAUACUGUAUAAUAAAAUGAUAAUGAAA